UCCCGGCCCUCAGGAAGGCCAUGGCAACUGUGGUGGCCACUGUGUGAGGCGGCUGGGGGCGGCCAGGGGCGGCCAUGGAGGCCGUGCUGAGCGAGCUGGUGGCUGUGGACGACCUGCUGAAGUUUGAGAAGAAGUUUCAGGCGGAGCAGGCCGGGGGCUCCGUGUCUCGGGGGACGCAGUUUGAAUACGCCUGGUGCCUCGUGCGCAGCAAGUACAACGACGACAUCCGCAAGGGCAUCGGCCUGCUGGAGGAGCUGCUGCCCAAGGGGACCAAGGAGGAGCAGCGAGACUACGUCUUCUACCUGUCCGUGGGAAACUACCGGCUCAAGGAGUACGAGAAAGCCCUGAAGUACGUGCGGGGGCUACUGCAGACGGAACCCCAGAACAGCCAGGCCCGCGAGCUGGAGAGGCUCAUCGACAAGGCCAUGAAGAAAGACGGGCUGGUGGGCAUGGCCAUCGUGGGCGGCAUGGCCCUGGGCGUGGCGGGCCUGGCCGGCCUCAUCGGCCUCGCCGUGUCCAAGUCCAAGCCGUGAGCCAGACCUCGGUCGGGAGGAGGCGGAGCCGCCGGGCCACCCACGGACUCCCCUCCCUGCCUCUAACCCCUGACCUGGGCAUCCUCGGACUCCCCUCCCCGCCUCUAACCCCUGGCCUGGUCACCCACGGGUGCCCCUCUCCCCCCUCUAGCUCUGAGGCCGGGCACCCACGGACGCCCCCUCCCUACUUCUACCCCCCGGCCAAGGUACCCUCAGAAGUCCCCUCCCCACCUCUGGGCCUGGGCACCCACGGACGCCCCCUCCCCACCUCUAGCCCCGGGCCUGGGUGCCCACAGACACCCCCUCUCCACCUGUAGCCCCGGGCACCCAUGGACCUGCCGCUCCCCACCUCUAGCCCCGGGCCGGGGCACCCAUGGACACACCCUCCUUGAGCUCUGGGGAUGUCAGUGUGGGACCGCCCGAGCUGACCCUUCUCCCCGCAAAACUGUGCUCUGGGAAGAGUGUAAAUAAAGCGUAAGACUGGCUUUGACCCUC